UUCAUCAUUUUCGGUUUACUUUCGACCGUUCAACAGUUCUGAAAAUGUACUCAAAUAUAUUCUUGGUUGCCGCUACCCUGGCUGUAGCUCUUGCUAGGCCUCAAGAAGGGCACGGGCACAAUGAACAUGGACACGCGUACUCGUCUCAGAGCAUCGUUCUACACCAGAGCCACGGUCAGGAGCAUGGACAUGGGCAUGGGCAUGAGCAGCUUGGUCAUGUUCAGCUUGGCCAUGUGCAACUUGGUCAUGUCCAGCACGAGCCCGUGCAUCUAGUGUCAUACCACGAGCCCAUUCACACUGAGUCACAUAACACUCACUACCACGCCGUCUCAUCACAAAACAUCCAGCGCCACGACGUGCCCGGCAAGGCGCCCGAAGGCCACCACGACUACUACGCACACCCUAAAUACGAGUUCGAGUACAAGGUGGAGGACCCGCACACCGGUGACCGCAAGUCCCAGCACGAGUCCCGCGAUGGCGACGUCGUGAAGGGCUACUACAGCCUACAUGAGGCCGAUGGCACUGUCAGGAUCGUGCAUUACACUGCUGACCACAAGACUGGAUUCAAUGCUCAUGUCCAGCGAGAAGGCCACGCUAAGCAUGCAGUUCCCACUCAUCACCAUUAACUCUGAUCUUAUUGUGACCCCUAAAUUAUUAUUUUUUAAUU